AUGCAGACUACAAAGCAGAACUACAGAGUAGAAGCAAUAAUGUAGGAGGGAGAAAGAGGUAACUUACAGAAAUAAGAUAAAAGAGGGAAACAAUUAUUAAACAAUGCGGCAUUCCACGUCAAGCUGGAGUAGACAGGAGGUGCCAAAGGAAAAGCAAACUCAUUGCCAUCGAUUCCCAAGGCAAUUACAAACCUGUGCAGGUAUAAUAGGAGAGAUAUUUGUGUAUAAUUUCUGCCUCCCUCCAUUUUCAUCACGUGAACCUAGAACUCUGAGUAUCACCAAAGCAUGGGAGGACACAUUACCAUUUUUCACACUCUCUUUCAAUGUGACUGAAAUCACAAGUGCUGAGUCUUACUUUGAGAUCCGCACAUUUGAUCCAGAAGGUCUCGUUUUCUAUGGUGACACAAAAGAUGGAGAGAACUCAUUCAUCUUGGCAAUGAGAAAUGGACACCUGGAAGUGCAGAUUAAUAAUGAUUUUUCUAAAGUCACAAAAUCUGGUGGUCCAAAGAUCAACGAUGGAAAAUGGCAUAAGGUUAAUGUGACAAAUGUCAACAAUAAUAUUUUUGUACAGUGUGAUGACAAAGAUGCAUUCAGUGUUGAAGACAGUGGUCAGCCCAUGAUGAUGGAUUAUAGGGGGCUCAUGAGAAUCGCUUUUGGUGGAUUGUAUAUCAAUGAGUCACUACUGGUCACUCCGCUUAGGAUUAACCUUGAUGCUUGUAUCCGCAAUUGGAAUUGGCUUAAUAAGGAUACACCCACAUUAUUAAACUGGGUUGAAAAUCAAAUAAACGUCAAUAAACGCUGCUACUCCAGAAUCAGAACAGGAUCAUAUUUCCAUACAAUGGGACUAGCAGUCUUUAUAGCAGAAGCAUUUAAUGGUAAAGCAGCAUCAGUGGAUGAAAACUGGACCUUCACUCUGGCGAUGGCAGUUAAUCCAGUUAAGGAUAAUGCUGUUCUGUUGGCAAUCACCACAGCGGACCAUCUGCCCUUGCUGACUCUUAUUCUACAAAGUAGGGAAAAGGGAUUUCUACUGACAUUCGGAAAUGAUACUAAAAUCCAGACACCAUUCCCAGACACUCUUUGUCAUGGAUCAAAGCUCAGCCUUGUAAUUUCUGAAACUAAUAUCACCUUCCAGCAAGAGGAUCAGGCAACUCUACAACCAAUUAAAAAGGCAGACUACAGGGCACUCAAGGAAGCCUGGCUGGACAAGGGGGCUCUCUUCUUUUUGGGAGGAAUGCCUGGCUUACAAAGUGCUUUUCCACACCAGUUGUUAUCAUAUUUCCAUGGCUGUAUUUGGGACAUCAUGGUGCAAGGCCAGAGCAUAGAUCUAGACAGAGCAUAUUACAAACAUGAUUCAAUCAGCUCUCACAGCUGUCCUGCUCUACACCUGCUUGAUGAAGACCCAGAAGUGAAGAACGAACAGACUGGCCUGGAGUAAAGUUGGACAUGUACAAAUGGAACAAGAGUCUUUGUUUUUAAAAGCAAAUGUUUUCUGUUUAACCAGGCUUUCUGAGAAAGUCAUGGUAUUAUAAACUCUAAGAAUUCUUGUUAAAUGGUGGGAUUUGAGAGCAUCAGUCAAUAAAAUGUUUACUUUGCUUCCCUAUAGAUAUUGGAAACCAUGUCAAGAUUUGAACGUACACAAGCCUUGUUUGUCUCUGAAAAGUGGAAACAUAAUGCUGUUUCUAAAAAUAAUUAACCUAUAGUUUCUGUUCCCCUGAGGAUAUCUUGAGGGCAUGCAGAAUGUCAAGUUCCUUGGACUAAAAUCACAAAAAAACAAAACUAAAAUCAUUGUAAAGGUCAGAGGCAAUAUUUGGUUUCAUAUAAUGAAAUGCAAGUCUCUUGACCAGUCAGGCCCUUGUAUCUUGUAUUGCUGUACUUUUUUCUGAAAAUAUGAUAAUGUUGUACUUCAAUGAUGAAAAGUUUUGUAAAACUUUCUAGUAGAGCAGUGAGAAAAAUACCUGAGAUAGUGAUUUGCCCUGCAACUGUGCUACACCCAAAUGUGUAUAAUUGUGUCUGCAUGUUUGGGAGAGAUUUGUACAAUGUCAUGUUUUUUUCCUAUAGCAGUAAUCUUUUAGUAUAGACUGAUAAUCACCAAUGUUAGUAUCUUAGUGAACAGCAGGCUCUUGCUAGGGUUUAACCUCUCUUCACGUAUUCAGAGUAAGAUUUUUAUGGCAGUACAAUAAAGUACCAGAGGAUAAUAAACUACUAGCAGGCCCUUUUUUGUGAAGUGAAGAAGUACCUUCUAGCCCUUCUGCCAUCUUUGUUCCUUGGAUAGAACCUUAAUGUCCCAUGCAAUUUUCAAAAACACUGACAACAAGUUUUAUGAAUCAUGGUUUAAAAGUCACACUGAGCAUGGCUAUUUCUCCUUAACAUUCUGACCUGGAGACUCAGACUAGAUAAGUUAUUUGAAACCAGCCUAUUUCCACUGCUAAUGACAACACAUUUUACAAAAUAUAGAGAUUUAAGUCUCUACAAGAAAGAAAAAUUGUGAAUGAAUGUAUAAGCAUCAAAGUAUUAGUUACAGCACUGCCUAAGUAUGCAUCAUGAUUUCUGAUGCAUUCUUAUAUAAUAUGGAUGAUACAUAAAUUUAACCAGUGUUGACAUUAGUAUUAUUAGGAUUAGAAUGUGUGUGUGUGUGUGUGUGUGUGUGUGUGUGUGUGUGUGUGUGUGUGUGUGUGUGUGUUAACUCACAAUCAAGGAUGUGACUGUGUGCAUAGACCUGUUCCUCAGAUUCACUCACAUAUGAACUUCAGCAAGGUGGCUAUAUGCUGUAGCUCUUAGUUUCCACUAGGGGGCAGACAAGGAAUAGUACAUAUUUACUAUAUUGCCAAAGUGAAAAUUAAGUUCAGUAUUUUAUCCAGGAAAUAAACCCUGAACACUUCAAGUCUCUUCACAUAUCAGGCAUUUGCCAGCUGGUGCUUCAUGCCACCUCACAAUGUACAGUCGUGCCAAAUAUCAUUUGCAAGAUCGUGUUAAAUCCUUAUAUGUCACCAUCUCAGUUAAAUUGUUCACAGUUUUCAAAUGAUUAGUAUAAAUCUUGCAAUCUUAUAAGAGUGAUACUAACUAGUAUACCAAGCACAUUAACAACCCUAUCCUUUCAUCCAUCCAGCUAAAUACCCAGAAAAUGAAAAAAGUCACUAGGUAAACUAAAAUUUGUCUUGCCAUACCUUGGAGAGUCGCACUGCAUUCACAGCCCCUAUCUCCACAUUUAUUUCACUGUCUCAGAGAAAAAAGUAGUAUGUAAUACUGACCAGUGUGCAAUACCAGCCACAAAAUAAAAUUACUUUGUGAUGACUCAGAAGCUCUUUCAGCACACCAGUAUCCCAUUACAAGUGUAACUACUUCCAAGGCUUUUGGAGGCACUUCUUAUUUUGUUGAGCACCUAUACAAUCACUCACAACAGAUGUGCACAUAAAUACCAUUAUGUGAUCUUCUGUACACACAGCAGCACUGAGCUAUUCAUAGAAGUGUGUUAAAAUACAGAUACAAGAAUACUUGUAAACAUCAUAUUUGCUCAUACACACACUGCUCUUAACAUGGAUAGGUGUUUAUAGGCACAUGGAUAGGUGUUUAUAGGCACAUGGAUAGGUGUUUAUAGGCACACUUUUGAGUAUUAUAGAAAAGUAAGGUUGCACAAAGUAUGUAAUGGAUCACAUAAGGGAUGGGACACAGCAUAGAAUGUUAUAAAGAAAUAAACCAUGACCCAAUUGUUCUUGUGCAUUGGGCAUAAAAAUAUACUUCUAUAGGUUCUCAGGCAUUAUUCUUUAUUUUUAUUUUUGGACCACAUACCUAGAAUGUAUUACAACCUUUUGAAAAUAUUUCCAUACAUUAAAACAGUGUGUACUAUGUUAGGCAUGUGGUAAUCAACAAAUUUUCAACAUUCAUGCAAUAAGCAUUAAAUAAUGAAGCUGCAAGAGGUUAAUGAUUUUUAAUGAUGAAUUUGUGAAUAAAUUACUUUUCUAAAAUUAUAACAAAGAA